GGACCUGAAUCCAUCCCCAACUCUGCAUUACCAUAAUGGCGGAUUACCGAGAUAUCUGGUCACCGGCGAAAGUCUUCUCGCCCUCGGCAGCGAAGCACCAGAAUCACCUCGCGAAAGAAUGGGCAUACGUCGAUCAAUGGCUCACGGCACGCUACCACCCAAAAUCGGUACCAAAGUUUGAGCGGAAUCCUGACACUCUGAAGGCACUCGUUGCUCUGGCCUCCGCAAACGAGGCCGCCGAUGAAGAGCGGGCCUUGGAGACGAAGGUUAAGGAAAAGGCGCUCGCCGAGUUGAAGGCUAGGGAUAGGGCCGCCUCUGAGAAUGAGGAGUCGGUGCUGAUUGCUUUAGAGGAGAACUUGACGCCCGAGGGGACUCGAGCGUUGAAUUCAAUCGCUCUGUUGUCGGUUGCCUUGGGAUCGACUUCCACGGAUACUCAAAGGUAUGGAAUUCUCGGUCUACGUGCAGACAUGGGAAUGGGAGAAUGGGGAGGGCUAAUAUGGGGAUAGAUUAGCAAAAAGCUUGAUCGACUUGACGAAGGAGGAAUUCGAACUAAAGUAUCAAUCGCUUCGGAUUGAAGCUCUGCAUAAACGUCUGCGGAAAGAGCUUGCGCACCUGCGUGAGAAACUGAAUCGUAUGGAGCGCGGCGAGGAGUUCAAGGUUCCGCCCGAACUAGCCGGACAGGUUGCAGAGUGGACAAGGACGGGCAGGCAUUUGAGACAUAAGGCAGAAGAUUAUAAGGAGAGGGUUGAGGUGCUGCAGGUGAGUUGGCUUGCUACAGAUUGUUGGGCAGCUGCUGAUAUGUACGUGCGAGCCCAGAGCGAGUUCAAUUCUUCGCGUUUGGCAACUGGAUUGACCGUCGAGGCCGUGGCGGAGCAGGAGAAGGCAGUGGAAGCAUUGAAGGAGCAUGUGCUCAAUCUGGAGUCGCAGGCCAAGGGCUUCCAGGGGCUACCUCCAGAGAAGGAUCUUGCUAGGCUGGAGGUGGAGAGAGUUGCCAAGGAGCUCGAGGAGUUGGAGGCGAAGAGAGAGAAGCUUUAUGAUACCAUGGUUGGGAAUUGA